AUGGCACGUGAUUUAUGUUUAACCGUGUCAUUCACAACAUUUGUCAUGGAUUUACAAAACAUGGAUUUCUUAAGCAAAUUGGGACACAAUGUCGGCAAUGAAGACAUUGACGACACCGAUGAGGACGAGGACCAGUUGGACGACGAAUUGAAUGCCAUAUUAAGUGGCAAAACAUAUGUACCGAAGAAUAAACAGACGACCACUUCAUCGGCGGUCAACACUAAGCGCGUCAAACAAAUGGAUUCAAAACAGAUUAAAAGUCACAACACAUCCAACACUCGCCACAAAUCCUCUCAAAACACCAAUCAAUUGAUCGGUGCCAACGGUUCCAACGAUUUACUAAAUAUUGACAAAUUGGGAAUUAUUGAAGACUUUGAUGACAACGACUCAGACAUCGAUGAAAAUGACGAACAAUUUUUGUCGGAAAUUAAUUCCAUUGUUUCGGAGGACACGUCUUCGGCAAAGAAUAAAUCGCCGAAUAAAAUAUCAAAAAAUGAUUUCUGCUUUCAGUCGGAAAUUAAUUCCAUUGUUUCGGAGGACACGUCUUCGGCAAAGAAUAAAUCGCCGAAUAAAAGUGAAUAUAAAACUCGACAACCAAUCGAUUCCCGAAUACCAGAAAUAAAUACUAUACGAAUGCAGACAUCAAUUAAUCCACAAAUAGUGGACAAAACACCCAAAAAUUAUCCGACAAAUAGUAUCGAAAGUGGUCCAAAAACUGAAGCGAUUCAAAGUGUGAUGAGUGCAGACAUCGCUUCCAACCAAUCGAAACAAACUGGCGAUAAAAAUACUGUUUUGAAAUUAAAUACACUGAAAGAUGAAUACAAAAGGGCUGCUCUCGUGGCCAAAAAGGCAGGACAAGCGACCACUGCUUUAUCGCACAUUAAAACAGCAAAGCAAAUCGAAGUUCUAAUUAAUGCUGUAGAAGAAGGAAAAGCCGUUGAUUUGUCUCAUUUGCCGCCUCCGCCCACAGCCCUCCCAUCGCCGACCCCUUCAACUGGCACUUCAACCGCUGCUCAAACUCCCAAACAAUUAGGUUCUGAUGAAACAAAAGCUAACGAAGAAACUGAUUUCGAAACUGCUGUCAAUAACGUUGAGUUGACUACAGAAGACGCUAAGAAAUUCUUCAACGCUCCGCCGCCGCCCAACACUGUUAUGGAAGCGUUGGAACAAAGAUUAGCCAAAUUUAAAUCCACAUUAAGUCAGGCCAACGAAGAAAAUAAUGGCAGUAAAUCUCGACGUUUGGGAAGAAUUGUUAAACAAUACGAAAAUGCAAUCAAAGACUUCAAAAAAGGAAAAGUUAUAGACUUUGAAGAGUUGCCCACUCCUCCAGGUAUACAUCCA